AUGGCUCUUUAUCCUUUUCCUGAAUAUGACAUCCGACUGGCCAGAGAGUUGCUAUCUAGGAUGUUUCUCUUUGCCACAAGGCGCAGUGAACCGACAGGCCGACCCCACUCGUGGCAUACCACCAAAUCCGGGGAGACCCAACCCGAUGCCAGCAUGAUGCAGAUAUCUCAGGGCACAGUGGGCCCUCCUUGGCACCAGAGCUACCAUUCUAGCUCCUCCACUAGUGACCUCUCCAGCUACGACCAUGCUUAUCUGAGGCGGAGCCCUGACCACUGCAGCUCGCAGGGGAGCAUGGAGAGCCUGGAGCCCAGCGGGGGAUACCCACCGUGCCAUCUUCUUUCCCCAGCCAAGUCCACCAGCAGCAUUGACCAACUCGGCCACUUCCAUAACAAGAGAGACUCGGCUUAUAGCUCCUUCUCCGCAAGUUCUAGCAUCCUGGAGUAUCCGCCCCCUGGCGUCCUGGGCCGAGAGCGUUCAGGCUCCAUGGACACUACUUCUGCUCGAGGUGGCCUCCUGGAAGGGAUGAGGCAGGCAGACAUUCGCUACGUCAGGACAGUCUACGAUACCCGGAGGGGAGUCUCAGCGGAGUACGAGGUGAACUCUUCAGCCCUGCUUCAAGGUAGGGAAGCCCGAGCACCUGCGGAUGGUCAGUGCUACAAUAAAUGGUACACUGCUCCUCGGGGCAAGGCAGUGCCACCCCUAUCCUGGAGCCAGCAGUGCCCCAGUUCCUUGGAGACUGCCACCGACAACCUGCCUUCUAAAGUGGGUGCACCCCUGCCCCCCGCUCGGAGUGACAGCUAUGCAGCCUUUCGGCACCGUGAGCGGCCCAGCUCCUGGUCUAGCCUCGAUCAGAAACGGUUCUGCCGGCCUCAGGCCAACUCUUUAGGCUCCCUAAAAUCUCCCUUUGUAGAGGAACAGCUGCAUACGGUACCAGAGAAGAGCCCAGAGAACAGCCCCCCAGUGAAACCCAAGCAUAAUUACACCCAAAAGGCCCAACCAGGCCAACCUCUGCUGCCAACUGGCAUCUACCCUGUACCGCCCCUGGAGCCUCAGUUUGCCCAGGUGCCCCAGCCUUCGGUGAAUAGUAACGGUAUGCUCUACCCCGCGCUGGCCAAGGAGAGUGGAUAUGCUGCCCCUCAGGGAGCUUGCAACAAGACGGCUGCCUUGGAUGAGAACGGGAACCAAAAUGGGUCUUGCAGCCCCGGGAUUACCUUCUACCAGCCUCCAGAACAUGACCCACUGUCCCCAGUGGAGAAGAAAUCAGAAACUACAGCCAAGUGUGUCCCCUACAAAGUCCAUUUUUCUUCAGUGCCAGAAAACCAAGAGGAUGCCUCCCUGAGGAAAUAUCUCACACCUCUCCAAGGCAACGGCUCGCAUCCCAAUGAGAGAAAGAGCACCCAUAGCAACAGACAGUGUCCUGAUCACCACCCCCUCAAAUCCCCUCAGGCUCAGGCCUGGCCAGUGGCUGAAGACAAGAGAUCUUCCAGGCCCUGGGAGCUCUGGGAGGGUGAUUUCCAGGAAGACCACAAUGCCAACGUGCGCCGGAGGCUGGAGAGAGAAGGCCUAGGCCAUAGCCCGUCAAGCGACUUUAGCAAGACCAAGGCGGCCUUCUCAUCUCUCCAGAACAUUCCAGAGAGUCUAGGAAAACGAAGCAGCCUGGAGCUAGGAGGGCGAGCCCAGGAAGCCCACCCAGGUGGCAGGUCCACCUGUGCAGGCAACUCCAGCCGGGAGGAUCUUGGAAGGAAGGCGGCGCCUGACCGGAGCCACGUGGACAGGCCGCUUUCCUACCCAAGGCCGGAGGGCAGCCCCAGUGCCGCAGCCUCUCUCCGCAGUUCGGAGCCCAGGUAUGAAGAGCCGCCCCCUGCAGGGCACCAGCAGGCACCCUGCCUGGGCCGCAGGAGGCUCAGCUCCGGCAGCGCCUCGGCCCUGCAGGGCUUUCAGUACGGGAGGCCGCACUGCUCCGUGCUGGAGAAGGUUUCCAAGAUCGAGCAGCGAGAGCAGGGGAGCCAGAGGCCGCCGAGUGCGGGCAGCUCCGGGUGUGGCCCUCACUUUAGGCCCAGCAGGGCGGGCCCCGCUCCCACUCCCGCUCCCACUGCGCCUGGGACUAACUUCGAGGAGACAAAAGCCAGUGUCCGUUUCUCCGAGUCCGCCGAAGCCCUCGACAAUGGGGGACCCCCGCUGGAGGACAUUUCUUGGCAGCCAUGCGGUCAGCAGCCCAGGAGGGCUGUGGACGCCGGCCAUGGCCCCCCACUCCGUACCAGGGAGCCCCCCAAACAAGACACUCGCCUCCUCCGCAGCCAGAGCACCUUCCAGCUCUCUGGCGAGGCUGAGCAGGAGGCGGCGUGGCCGGACGACAGGCCUGGCACGCCCGAGUCGCCGCUGCUGGACCGCCACAGCGUGACCCCGGCCACCGAGGGCGACCCGGCCCGCCUGGCGCCCCCCACUGCCCGGAGAGGGGCACGCCGGCGCCUGACCCCCGAGCAGAAGAAGCGCUCCUACUCGGAGCCCGAGAAGAUGAACGAGGUGGGGGUGUCGGAGGAGGCCGAGCGCCCGCAGAGGAAGGGGCUGCGCUUCCCCGAGAGCACGGUGGCCGACCGGCGCCGCCUGUUCGAGCGCGACGUUCCAGCAGAGCGCCCUGGGCAGCCCGGCCCCGCCACACCCGCAGGCCCCGGCCUGUCCGCAGCCUCCAGCCUCGGGUCGCUGCGGGAGGCCAGCCUGCAGCCGCACAGGGAGGCCUCCUUCCUGCAGUUCGCAGCCAUGGAGCCCCCGCAGGCCCCCAGAGAUCGUAGCAGCUCCUUCGCUGGUGGGCGCCUCGUCGGGGAUAGGCGUCGCGGGGACCCCCAGACUCCGAGAGAGCAGUUCAGUGGAACUAAUGGCGGACCAAGGGGCACCCAGAGGAUGGUCGGGACCCCUGGAGAGCCAUCUCCUUGGGGGGCUGCCGGCAGGAGGACUGGAAAAUCCAUGUCAGCCGAGGACCUGCUGGAGCGCUCAGAUGUCCUGACCGUCCCUGUCCACGUGAGGUCCAGGUCGUCGCCCAUCGCAGACAAGCGCCAGGAUGUGCUUUUGGGGGAAGACGGUGGCUUUGGUCUUGUGAAGGAUCCAUGUUAUCCAGCUGGCCCUGGACCUGGGUCACUCAGUUGUUCAGAAAGAGGCAGAGAAGAGAUGCCGUUGUUUACACACCACCCUACCCCGGCCAGGGGCUGGGGCAGUUCAGGCUGCAAAGCAGCUGAUUGCUCCGCAGCUCCCAAGGAGUGUUCUGGACCCCUGGACCAGCAGAGGCAAGCCAGCAGGACACCAUGCCCCAAGCCACCGCCAACAGGAGCACAGGGGCAGCCUCUCGACACCAGGGCUGGGCCAGUGAGCCCACACAGCCCACUUCUGCCCUCUCCUGUUCCUUCCAGCUGCUGCCCACAGGUUGCCACUGAUCAGCACCUUGGGAGAGACAGUCAGGCCGGGCGACAGCCCCUUCUUCCAUAUACCCCUGCAGUGACCCCCAGAAGCAACGGUCACACCCUGCCCCAGCCUCCUAGUCCAAGAGGCCAAGAGCUCAGCCACCCAGAGCAAGGGCUGGAGGAGGGAGUGAGGAAGAGAGUCUCGCUUCAGUGGCCGCCACCGCCCCGGGUGAAGUGGGCCCACACAGUCAGAGGGGACAGCCUUCCUGAGGAGUCUUCCUCUGCGGAGUUUGCAAACCUGAAGCACUAUAAGAAACCACAGAGUCUCCCGAGCUCGUGCAGCACUUCUGACCCAGACACGCCCCUCGAGGCCAACAGCCCUCCAGGGAGGAUCUCCCUCCGAAUAUCCGAGUCGGUCCUCCUGGCCUCCCCCCUGCCCCGGGAGGACUGUGAUGACGAGGUGUUUGUAAAGGACUUGCACCCCAAGGCCACUUCUAGCCCCACAUUUGAAGCUCUCCCCCCACCCCCGCCUCCUCCACCGAACCAGGACACCCUGCUGGACAGCUCCGAUGACUUUCCUCCGCCUCCCCCCCAGGCUGUGUGUGAGGGGCCACUGGACAGCGAGGAUGGCGGUGGGCUCUGCAGCUCCACCAGCUCUUCCAAGGUGACAGUGGCGAGAGAAAGGCACAUGUCUGGUGUGGCCUAUUUGGCAGGUGGUCAGAUACCGGCUUCCAGACCCCAGACGUCUGUCAAGGUUUCAGAGGCCAGCGACUCCAGCCCACCCAUCAUCAUGGGCGUUCAGCCCCAACUCAGUGGGUCUCUUGACGAGCAGCCAAGCCCAGAGCCACCACCUUCGGUAUGGACCCAAAGCCUCAUCCACGAACCAGUCAGUGCAGCUCAGGGUUUAGAAAAGAGAACCAGUUCUGAUCCUCAGAAGACCACGGAAGACAUCAGAACAGAGGCGCUGGCCAAGGAAAUUGUCCACCAAGACAAAUCUCUGGCAGACAUUUUGGAUCCAGACUCCAGGAUGAAGACAACGAUGGACCUGAUGGAAGGCUUGUUUCCCCGAGAUGUGAACUUGCUGAAGGAGAGCAGCACGAAGAGGGCCAUGCAGAGGACCGUCAGCUACCCGGGGUUCGAAGGCAAGCGGGGCGAAGACAAGGAAGGGGCGAGCGUGUUGGUCAACUGCCCUGCCUACUACAGCGUGUCUGCCGCCAAGGCCGAGCUUCUGAACAAAAUCAAAGAGAUGCCGGAGGAGGUGAAUGAAGAGGAGGAGCAAGCGGAUGUCAACGAAAAAAAAGCUGAGCUCAUCGCUAGCCUCACCCACAAGCUGGAGACCCUCCAGGAGGCCAAGGGGAGCCUGCUCAUGGACAUCAAGCUCAAUAACGCCUUGGGGGAAGAGGUGGAGGCCCUGAUCAGUGAGCUCUGCAAGCCCAAUGAGUUUGACAAGUACAAGAUGUUCAUUGGGGACUUGGACAAGGUGGUGAGCCUGCUGCUGUCCCUCUCGGGGCGCCUGGCGCGGGUGGAGAACGUCCUCAGCAGCCUUGGAGAAGACGCCACCAAUGAAGAAAGGAGCUCUCUGAACGAGAAGAGGAAGGUCCUGGCUGGGCAGCACGAGGACGCCCGGGAGCUCAAGGAGAACCUGGACCGGAGGGAGCGGGUGGUGCUGGACAUCCUGGCCAAUUACCUCUCGGACGAGCAGCUCCAGGAUUACCAGCAUUUCGUGAAAAUGAAGUCGACGCUCCUCAUCGAGCAGCGGAAGCUGGACGACAAGAUCAAACUGGGCCAGGAGCAGGUCAAGUGUCUGCUGGAGAGUCUUCCUUCGGAUUUCGUCCCGAAGGCCGGGGCGCUGGCUUUGCCCCCAGACCUCACGAGCGACACGGCGGCUCCCGCUGGGGGCUGUGCUCUGAGUAGCACCUUUCCGACGUUAACCUCUCCACUUUAGCUUCCUCUAAAACACCCUACCUAAAGAUCCCCAUUUCUCUCAACACUAUUUAAUCUGAAAAACGUGUCGGUGCAAACCACCGCUUACACUCUGGGUGACUGGGGUUUUCCUGGAUAAAAAGAAUCCCGUCCAGGAAGGAGCCUGUGCUUUCCUUCUUGCCGUUCACGAUUGAUCCUCUGAGAGUCUGAGCACUGCUAGACACGUACCCCGUCCUGUCAUUCGCAGUAGGGACACCAGGAAGACUGAUCAGAGGGUGCGCGAUUGAUCAUUUAGUCUUUGCCGGGCCGAGGCCAUGUAGAAGAGUGUGUGUCACCCUCAGGAAUGUCUCCACAGCGGCCUUCCCUGCUGGAGGGCCACGUGUCCCGCUGCGGGUUACAGGCCACGGGUUACAGGUUCCGUUGACGAAGGAUCUGCAACACAAAGCCUUAAAGAGACACACACCGAAAACUGUAAAAUCUUGAACAUUAUUAUUUAUAUUUUUAAAAAUGGAAAAGAUUGUUCUGUUUGUGUGCUAACCACUCAUUUGAUUCUAUUUUGUGGUGGACGUAGACAAUUACGUUUGAGCUUUGUAUUUUGUGAACACCGUAAUGAAGAAUUCCAAAGAUAGUCA